ACAGAUACCUUGAGCUCCCUUCCUUUGGGACAGUGUGUAUGUGUUGUGGGGUGGGGAGGAGGGCAUCUGUUCUCCCAAAGUUAGGCUGAGCAGGCGUGUGGAACACGGGAGCCACUGGGCUGUGCUAAUCCUGAGCUCUCGCCUCCUCCCAGGGAUAUGCGGUUCCCAUUGUAAGCAUCUGAGAGCUGUCCUCUGCAGAGACCGGAGACUAGAGACACACCGGCAGCAUGAAGUCCAAUCCUGCCCUCCAGGCUGCCAUCGACCUCACAGCUGGGGCUGCAGGGGGCACGGCCUGUGUUUUGACCGGUCAGCCUUUUGACACGAUGAAAGUCAAGAUGCAGACAUUCCCCGACCUGUACCGGGGCCUCUCCGACUGCUGCCUGAAGACCUACACCCAGGUGGGCUUCCGCGGCUUCUACAGGGGCACCAGCCCGGCACUGAUCGCCAACAUCGCCGAGAACUCUGUGCUCUUCAUGUGCUACGGCUUCUGCCAGCAGGUGGUGCGCAGAGUGGUGGGGCUGGACAAGCAAGCCAAGCUGAGUGAUAUGCAGAACGCGGCCGCCGGCUCCUUCGCCUCAGCCUUUGCAGCACUGGUGCUCUGCCCCACCGAGCUGGUGAAGUGUCGCCUCCAGGCCAUGUAUGAGAUGCAAACAUCGGGAAAAGUUGCCAGCAGCCAAAAUACAGUCUGGUCUGUUGUGAAGAGCAUUCUGAGAAAGGAUGGCCCUUUGGGCUUCUACCAUGGCCUCUCCAGCACUUUACUUCGAGAAGUACCAGGCUACUUCUUCUUCUUUGGCGGCUAUGAACUGAGCCGGUCGUUUUUUGCAUCAGGGACAUCAAAAGAUGAACUAGGUCCUGUCCCUCUGAUGUUAAGUGGUGGAGUAGGUGGCAUUUGCCUCUGGCUUGUGGUGUACCCAGUGGACUGCAUCAAAUCCAGAAUUCAAGUUCUUUCAAUGUCUGGAAAGCAGGCGGGAUUUAUAGGGACUUUCAUAAGUAUUGUGAAGAGCGAAGGAAUAGCAGCCUUAUAUUCUGGACUGAAACCUACUAUGAUUCGGGCGUUCCCUGCCAAUGGGGCACUGUUUUUGGCCUACGAGUACAGCAGGAAGCUGAUGAUGAGCCAGUUGGAAGCGUACUGAAGUGUUUUGGCAGGUCUCGCUCCACACACCGGGGGAUGAGGACCUCGGUUCUCCUCAGGGUUUCAUGGAGCACGGGAUCGAUGUGGAAUGAGUCUUGAAGAUUUUGUCUUCCCUCUC